GAGGGAAGGGGAGGCGAGGCGAGGCGAGGCGAAGCCGCCUUUGUGCCACGGCAGGGAGGGGGAUUUCGGUGGGCUUGCGGGAGGGGCCGCUCCAGCGCCGCCCGGGGCCGGGCUGUGGCUCUUCCCGAGCCCUUGAGGCUUUUCCGUUUUUUUUUUUUUUUUCUUCCCUUUGUUAGCGUUUUCCCAGCGAGUCCCGCCGUCUCCCGGUUUCGCCGAGCCUGACAGGAGAGAUGACUUCGUGCCGCGCCGCGCUUCGCCGGGGCUGCAUCGCUUUGUUCAAGCAGCCGUGAGCCAUUCAGCAGGGAGCUGCCGUCGCCUUUCCGCGGGCUGGGGGAUCCCACGAAGGGCCCUGGGAUCCCCUGAAGGGCUCUGGGAUCACCUGGAGAGCUCCGGGAUCGAGAUCUGCUGCCUGUCACGGCUGAAGGGCAGUGCUGCGCCGCUUCCCGCAGACAGUCUGGGAGAAGAAUGCUAACCACUGGUCCCUAGGAUUGUAUUCUGCUUCCUGAUCGCUUAUCUUAAAGAAAAAUCCCCAUCUGAGAGAGAAAGACUGUGUGAAAGUAGAGAACAAGGGAACAACACACUCCAUCUUAAAAAAGAGAAGAUCAAGUCUGGAGUUUCUCUGACUUCGUCUGAAAUUGUAGGGAUGAUCAAUUUGUUUAAGAAACCUUACAAGAAAAAAGCAGGCAAAUUCCAGCCUUUCAAGAAGCUCUUCGGCAAGCGGAAGAAAAGGGAGCCCGCCUCAGACUGCGAGGAAGCCAAACUGAAGCCGAGCCACUCCUUCGGGAACGUCUGCAACGGCGCCUUCUCCUCCGAUGAAGAGCCCAACAGUGGUCUGAGGUCUUCCCAUUAUUAUAUGGGCAGUCGAGCUUUCUCCCAUGACAGUAUUUUUAUACCUGAUGGGAGAACAGAGAGUGAACAGACCGUCCAAGCAAUGUCACAGGAGAACGUUUUAGGAAAAGUCAAAACACUACAGCAACAGUUGGCCAAGAAUAUAAAAUUUGGGCAGCCUCCACAAAUGACAAUUUCUGGGAGGACAAUGGGGGAGGCAAGUGCUAGUGUAGAAGAGGAUGUAUUGCUCAGUAGCCCCAUGGAGACUGACUCUCAGCAGGACACAGUGCUCUCAGAGAGUGGCAAUAAAUCGACUGACACUCUGUUGAGAACAAUGAAUUUGCCCGGAGCAGGACGUGAAGUGGAAGAAAAGGUCACUCCAGUCAGACCAUCUCGGCCAAAAAGACAAUUUUCCUGUUCUGGCACGAUUGAAACAAUCAAUCUGGAUGCAGUUCCCCAGGCUGUUGCUCGUCUAGACAACAGUGCAGCUAAACACAAGCUGUCAGUAAAGCCAAAAAAGCAGAGGAUGUCAAGAAAGCACAAGAGAUUAACAAAGGGAUCGCAAAGUUUAACAAUAACAGAAUUUGAGCCAGAGGAUCUAGAAACUGAGCUGUUUGCAGACAGAUACCCGGGUUAUAACGGCCACUUCACAGCAGACAAGCUAAUCCAGAACAGAGAUGAGCCGAAGCAGCUUCCACUGGCAGAGGAGAAAAGAACUGAAGAUCACUGGGGGAUCCUUGAGGCCGAAAGGAUAAGGCAGAUUGUAGAAAUGGAAGAACAAAGGGAAAUGGAAGAACAAAGAGAAAUAGAAGAACAAAGGUGCCAAGAGCGUGAGCAGAUGCUGAAAGAGCAGGAGAGAAGGAAUUGUGAAGAGGAGAGUGGGCAGAAUCUCCUUGAAGGAGAGACAUCUUUGAAAACAGAAGAGCAAGCAUGCCAGGAAGAGGAAAGAAGACCUCUGGAGGCAGAAAAGAGGCAAGAACUGGAGGAGCAGAGGCAGGAGGUGGAAAAGCAACAGAGACAAGAGGUGGAGCAGCAGAAGCACAGGGAAUGGGACGAGCAACAGAGACGGGAGCUGGAGGAGCACAAAUGCCAGGAACAGGAGGAGCAAAAAAGACGAGAGCUGGAGGAACGAAAGCACCAGGAAGAGGAGGAGCAGAGCCAAGAGCUAGAGGAGCAGAAGUUCCAGGAAGAGGCAGAGCAGAAAUGCCAGGAGUUGGAGGAGCAGAAGAGGCAAGAGCUAGAGGAGCAGGAGCACCAGGAAUGGGAAGAGCAGAGGCACAAGGAGCUGAAGGAGCAACAGAGACGAGAGGAGCAGAAGAGGCUGGAGCUGGAAGAACAAAGGCAACGUGAGACUGAAAAACGGUGUCAAGAGGAAGAAGAAAAAAAUCAGCUGGAGGAACAAAAAGAACUCAAGGAACAAAAGAAGGAAGAAAAACAGAGACAAGAGCUAGAAGAGGAAGAACUUCAAGAAGGUGAAAUAAAACUGAAGCAGGAGAAGGAACUUGAGAGCCUCAAGCAACAGAAGAAACAGGAGGAACAAAGGCAGCUCUUGAAGGAGGAAAGAGAAAAGACAGAGGAACAACCCCAGCAAUUACUGGAGAAGAAACAGAAGCGGGAAGAGCAGAGAAAACAUAAGCUCACAAAACAAAUGCACUUGGAAAGUACAGAUAUUAUGCAACAAGAUGAACUGAAGCAACAAAAGGAACAAAAUGAACAAGAAUGGAGCAAGCUGCAAGAGCAGAGGACAGAACCGGAAGGAAAAGAUCUUCAGCAAAAGCAACAAGAAAAAUCCUUGGAGCAGCAACAGGACACGGAUCAGCUGCGUUCUGGAGGGGCUGACAGGCAUCCAGUGGAGGACAAGCUCCAAGAAAGACCAAGACCCCCAAAACUCAAACAGACAGAAAAAGGGAAUAAAACAGCAGAAGAAAUCCUAGCCCAGAAGCUGAAGAGAGAAGUUGAUGCUCAGGAACAAAAGCGAAUAGGGGAAGAACUUAGGUGGCAGGAGGUAGACGAAAGACAAACUGCAUCCAGACCCUUCACGUUCCAGGUGUCUUCUGGAGAUAAACAGAUCAUAUUUCAGAAAGUAAAUCUGAGUCCAGUCAUGCCUGUCAAGGGAGCAGGGCUCUCUUCGCCUUCCCUCAAAGACUGCAGGGUGCACACCUCCAGCAAGGGCUCCCACACUCUGCCCUCAUCUGUGUGUGUGCCCCACACAGCUAUUUUGGUUACUGGAGCGCAGCUGUGUGGCACAGCGGUUAACCUGAACCAGAUAAAGGACACGGCUUGUAAGUCAUUACUGGGCUUAACAGAAGAGAGAAAAAAUGUGGAUAUUCCUUCACCAGAGAAGGCCCAGGGAAAAAAGACAGGUACCAAACCCGCCAACAGUAAAAUGAAAUAUGCACAGGAGACACUGGACCAAGCCACGCUAGCUGAGUGGGCCUCUAUCCGCUCCAGAAUCCUAAAGAAUAAAGAAAACAGCAAAUACAACGAGAAAGACAGAGUAAGCGGCUGCAGGCACAGCGAUGACUGGACACCCCGAGGGCGAGGUGCUCCCCAUGGUAACUUGAGGAAAACCCUGUCUGCAAAUGCAAAGUUCUCGAUAACACCAGCGUGGCAGAAGUUUUCAGAAGCUUCAAAAGCCAAUUUGGACACUGAGAACGUGAGUGCAGCGAAAGGCAGUGAAGCAGUGGCUGUGGGAAGAACCACUGGCUCAUCUGCUGAUGUGGCUGGGGAGGUGGCACCCGCUUUUAAGGACAGCUUAGCUGAAAUGGCUAGAGAGAAAAUGGAAACCCGCAGUGAAAUUACAGACAACACGGAAGGUUGUAAAUUUGCAAAAGAUCUUCCAUCUUUCCUUGUUCCAAGCUCUCCUCAUCCUCCGGGUAAAGAAUUACCCCAGUCAGAACCUCCAGGUGCUCUGGAAAAUCAGCAGGGUAACAGCACCAAAAAACCUGAUAAACCAGCACCAAACGGAGAAGAAAACGUUUCUCCUUUUGGGAUAAAGUUACGGAGGACAAACUAUUCCUUACGUUUCCAUUACGAUCAACAGGCAGAGCAAAGGAAGAAGAAAAGAUACAGUGCAGGAGAUAGUUUCGAUGGUGUGCCUGACCCUCUGCUUACAACAGAGGGUGAGAAAGAACCCACUGUUUUUGCCCCACAAGAGAGCACGUCCCCUGGCAUGGGAAGAGCGAACGUCCGUGGGAACAUAAAAGACUCCAAAGACUCUUCGGUUACUGUGGUAGAGCUUUCACAGCCAGCGGGCACACCACUGCCAGCCCCCAGCCAGGGUGCUUUACCUCCUCACGAGAAACCAGCGUGCAAAUCACUGGCCCCGCAGAAGCCUGCGCUAGCUCCAAAGCCUGCCAGCCAGACGCCGCCGUCGUCUCCUCUCUCGAAAAUGAACUGCUCGAACCUGGCUGAUGCGCUAGGGCAGAGGUUUGUUAAAGCUGAAUCGGACGGUAGCUGGAGAAGAGAAGACAGAGCGGUGCCCCCCACAGCACUGAGUGAGAACAAAAAUGAAGAGGAAGAAAUCAGAGAAAAGAAGUCAUUUUUCCCAUCUCUAAGUAUUCCCUGGAGAGAAAAGAACGACAAAAAGCCUGAGCCACUGAAGAAAGAAAAACCAGUCCUCCAGAGCAGGCACUCUUUAGAUGGCUCUAAAUUGAUGGAAAAAGUUGAAACUUCACAACCACUUUGGAUUACAUUGGCGCUGCAAAAGCAAAAGGGAUUUCGUGAACAGCAAGCUACUAGGGAAGAGAGGAGACAAGCCAGAGAGGCAAAGCAAGCAGAGAAGCUGGCUAAAGAAAAUGCGGCUGUGAGUAACCAGUCAGAUAAUAAAAGCAGCAGCAGCAAAACAAGCACACUGCAGAAAUCUACGCCUCAAGAAGGGGAGAAGAAAAUUGAAACUGCUGUGUCAAGACUUGAAAGAAGGGAGCAGCUGAAGAAGUCUAAUACCCUUCCAACUUCUGUGACAGUGGAGAUUUCUGAUUCUGUUCCAUCAAACCCACUGGCAAAAGAGGUGGCCAAGAGAUUCUCUACGCCUGAUGCUAACCCUGUGUCAACAGAACCAGCCUGGCUUGCGUUAGCCAAAAGGAAAGCAAAAGCCUGGAGUGACUGUCCACAGAUCAUAAAGUAAACUAUACAAUUACGUCUUAUUGCUGCCUAUUAAUUGCUUUCUUUUUAUUUAUUCAGCUUUUUACACAUGACAAAACUGAAAAUGCAUGUCUUGAAGAACUGAAAACUGAACUGAUUACCAUUUUGCUCUAGCUCACUGUAAAGUGUACUCAAGUCAUAUAUUCCAUUGCUUUGACAAAUAGCUAAAUAAGGUCACAUGCAAAUUUCAGAACCAGUCUCUCUCAAAAAUUCAAGAAUGCUCAGAUACUGGAUGUAAAUUUUAGCCAGUAUCACCAUAAGGGGCAGAACUUAAGAAGCUCCUUAAAUUCUCUGAGUAUUUGGUUCUGCAAUUGUAGAUCUCUACUCUUAAGUGCAGAUCUCAGAAAAGCUUUUCAACACUCCAUUGUUGAAAAUUUAUGCAAGAUGCAUGUUCCCUUCUCUUAUUCCUAAAUUUUCUUAAGUGUUAAACUGUAUGAACUGUCAGUUCUACCUGCUAUUUGGAAGCUUCAUACCUAAUGAACUUUGGGAGCCAUCUUUCCACCUGAAAACGAUAAAUAAGAAGGACCAUCUAAAUGCUGAGGUAAUUCCUUUCAUUAUAGCAUUAAUAUAUUAUGUCUAUAUUCUCUCACUCCUAGGAAAAAAAAAAAAAAUUAUCCAACUUUAUAAAAAUUACUAGUUAAACAGAAGUCAGAACGUUUUCAGAAAGAAGCCUCUAUUCUCUGCAACUACCUGACAGGAGGCUGCCGCGAGGAAGGUUUUUCCUCAGGUGACAAGUGAUAGGACACAAGGAAACAGUCUCCGUUGUGCCAGGGAGGUUUAGAUUGGAGGUUAGGAAGAACUUCACAGAGAGGGUGAUCAAGCACUGAACGGGCUGCCCAGGGCGCUGGUGGAGUCCUCAUCCCUGGAGGUAUUUCAGAGAUGUGUGGACGUGGCACGAAGGGACACAGUUUAAUGGUGGUACUUGGCAGGUCAGGUUGGUGGUUGGACUUGGUGACCUGGAGGGUCUUUUCCAACCUGGCUGACUCUGUAAGCCAGAGGCAGUGUUUAUUCAGGUCGUUUAGCGCAGCACUGUUUGUGUGCUUGGCCAUGUUUAAGAUGCAUACAGACAGCGAUUGCAGAUUAAAACUUGAAAUCAAUCGUCUGCAACUGAAGUACGUAGAAUGAUUCCUGUGCUCCUGUACUUACAGAAUUAGUCUCAUCACAUUGCCACAGGAAUAAGAUUGCAUGACUGGAUUUAACUGAAACCUGAAAGCUCAGUCAGUGAUAUCUCAAGUUUUAACUCUGCAUUCUUCCUGAUUUUACUUCAUAUGCAGCUUUAGGUGGUUCAGAUAACUUCCCAUACUUUGACCAACACAGCAAGCAGACUUCAGAAAGUGUUUUUGUACCUCUCCCAAGUAAGUGUUUACCUACCCCCCAUCUUGGGUAUCUGCAGAUUCUUUGUUACUUCUUUGUACCUAAAAUAGAAGUGUUCAUUCCCACCCUAUUACAAAAAUGGAAAAAGUCCAUAAUUUUACUAUCCUUAAUAUCCCACAGAAAUAUAUGUGUCUGCAUUUUAAAAGUCAUUCUAGUAAACAUAUUUGUAACACUCCCAAGUUUGUUUUUCAGGGAAGUUUUUAAAUUUGAACAUCUCCUUGUAAUGAUAAGGCUCAAGGGAACCUUUAAACAUAAACCAUUUUAAAGGGAGGUAUUUUCUUGAGAAUCAGUUGCAUCAUUAUAGAUUCACACACAACUCAUGGAAGUAUUUUAGCCAAACUGCUGUAUGCAGCAUGAGUAGCAGCACUUUAAAUUAUGCAGAAAACAGAAUGAAACCUGCCAUAGCCUCCCAUUCUAAAAAUCAAAAAGGGCUUGUCCACAACCGUCAUUACUGAAUACUCUAUUUCCUAUCAAAGCAAAAACAAAGGUUCAGCAUCAUGGUUACAACAGCACAAACACAAAGGAUGCAUUAGAUGGAGUAGCUGUGCAGCAGCAAGACGUUUUUUUCUUGUGUCUGUUUUAAGCCAUCAGUUUUACUGUUUUAUAUUUAAAACCAGAAUCUCUACAGUAAUUUUUUUUCUCUUAAUAUAAGUAUUUAAAAUGUUUUGUACAGAGAUGGGGCAAUGUUGUUCUUAAAUAUUUGGAAAAAAUGCUUAACAUCUUCGAAGUAAAAAUCUCUGCAAGCUUGUCUGAGAAAGAAUUCUGCCCAUAACUAUUUUUGCUCUGCAAGCACCAUGAAUUAGUGCUGCUUAAGUUCGAUUUACACUUUUUUUUUCUGAGUUUAUAAGCCUGCGCUAUUUGUAAUUACAAGAACUGAACUGUCUGAAACCCAUCUUCAGGAUUAUUUCUUGGGACAGGGAUCCAGGCAGAAAUACAGAGAAGGUGAAGUAAAUCAGGAUUAAAGUGUUCCAAAAAGCAUAGCAUAAUUAGGUGCUACUGUGCAUGACAUAAUGAUGCAAUUUUCCAAUACAAUACACUUAUAGCACAUAGAAUAGAGCUUUCAGUGAGGAUGGUCUUAAUCUAAAGCUUCAAAGCAGAAGUUGUUGUCAAACAUAAAGGUAUCUAGUGUAAUAAUGGAAACUGUAUUCUGUACAGUACUUGGUGGAAACAUUUCUGAAGUGUACAUGUUUAACAGUGACAUUUCAUGGUAAAUUAACAAAAAUUUGCACUAAAUACCAAUGAAGUGAAGUGUUACUUUGCUUUAUCUUUCUUGCAACCAUUACUGAUAAAGUGUUGGAAAUCUGUAAAAAGAAAAA